AUGGCAGAACUGGCAGCAACUCCACAAUUCACUGACUGGGUCAUCGAGCGUGCAGACCGUAUAAAGCUCAUUUCAAAUGACAGUUCAGAUGAAUCAAUUGGGAGCAAAUCGAGUUCUAUAGACGAAGAAGCUGAAGAGAGCAGCAGUCAGUUUCGAUUCUUUAGUUGGAACCAUGAAGUUGAAGAUAGCAUUAACCCGGGAAUUACACAAGAACAUGUUGACUUAGCAUCAAAUUUAGGAAAUUUAGCAGCCAUUUGCCAAGUGCAAUCUCUGUGAGCAUUUAGCAUGACAUUUUCCAAAAAAUUAACUGACCACGUAAUGCAGGCGGUGAGACUGUUUACCAUUUGAUGUAACUUGAGUACUGUACAGAAGAAGCUAGGAGAACUGCAGGUAUGUAAUUUAGUUU